AUGGAUGAAUGGGAUCUGUUAGAUGAAGUAGAUGUGAUCGCGUUAUGGCCUAACGAACACAAGAAAAAUGUGCAGUCUUCAAAGUGGCUGGAAAGGAAGGAAGCACUGGAGGUAUUGUCGCAGUUAAUCGAGAAACAUCCCCGUUUGUCUACCUCUUCGAUGACAAUCUAUGGCGAAACCAUGGAUGAAUUGAAAAAGAUCGUAGCUCGUGACAGUAACAUCAAUGUAGUGAUCGCUGCUUUGCAUGUUCUGAAAAAUCUUGCUUUUGGAUUAAGGAAGUGUUUUGCCUGUUUCAUACCGAUGAUUUGGCCAGUCAUACUUGACAAGGCCAAGGACAAAAAGUCAACGGUGCGUGACGCUCUUGCCGAAGCGCUGGAUGCCGUUUCUGCUACGUGUGAUGCGAAUAGACUUUCGAAGGAUUUAUGCGAGCACCUCUCCAAACCCAGUCCACAGUCGAAGCAAUGCCUUUGUUCAUUUUUGUACAGAUAUUUUAUCAGACAAGAAACAUUGCCCAUAGAUUUUGCGAAAGCAGUGUUACCCAUAGUCGUUAAGCUCACCACAGAUAGCGAUCCUACCGUACGCGAUGCAGCUUGUAGUUCUCUUGGAUCUGCACAAAGGCUGUUGGGCAAUGGUCUUGAUGCCUUUCUGGGAUCUUUGAGAGGAGAAAAGGCUAAAAUGGAAAAGAUAGAGGAAUAUCGCGAGGCAGCCAUAAAAGAAAAUGCUGAGUUUGCUGCCAGUCGUCCAAAACGAGCAAUGAUCGAAAAUGCAGCAGGAGGUGACGUUGAUAGCGAUGCGGCUACCUCGGCAUCAGUAUCAAAUGCACCACAAGACGUUGAUCCAUGGACGUUGAUGGAUCCGACGGAUGUUGUUGCGCAAAUGAAGAAAGACUUUUAUGAUCUGGCUGCUUCAAAGAAAUGGCAAGAACGAAAAGAAGCGAUCGAAGGUCUGUUGUCAGUUAUGGGGAACGCGCCACGCGUAGCGAUGUCUCCUGAUGUGCAGCAAGUCAUCGUGACACUUACCAAGAUGCUCGAAAAGGAUGUCAAUAUAAAUGUAAGCUCUUUAUGUGCAAAGGGGUUGACGAAAUUCGCCACCGCGAUGAGAACCGAUUUUGCUACCAUGGUGCCUAAGGUGAUGCCUAUAGCCUUUGAUAAACUGAAGGAGAAGAAGCCUAUACUUAGAGAUGAGCUGAUUUCAUUAGUUGAUGCUGCCUCAUAUACAACUCCACUGGAAUGUUACACUGAAGCCGUCUGCGGCGGUCUUACCAAGCCAAACCCUCAGUCUAGAGCCCAAACUGUCCAGUUUACAUCCAGAUUGCUCUCACGACACAGUUCUUCGACAUUUCCUGUAGAUGCGGUUAAGCAGUUGAUCCCAGAUCUACUCAAGUGCUGUUCGGAUGCGGAUGCCGAUGUUCGUGAAUCUGCAUUCCGUGCAAUGGGAGCUAUACUGCGAUGCGUAGGCGAGCCAGCAGCUCGACGUUUAUUCGGCGAACUUUCAGAAGACAAGAUUAAGAUGGGCAAGAUCUUGGAAUACUCAGAAAGUAUUCGAAAGGAAUUUGGCGAUGGACCCUCAGCGGAAAUCUUACGACUACACGGAUCCGAGCCAAAGAAGUCUAAGCCAGCUGCCGUGACGUCAGUGCCUGGAAAACCAUCCGAGGCUGCUCCAGCGCGAAAAACUCAACCAGGAGUAGGAAGAUCUCAGCCUGCUUCAGCUACCGUUCCUCGUCCACCAAGAGUAGCGUCAAGCAUAACGAACCGAGUAUCGACUGCACCAAAGCCAAAUGUGGUGAAAGGCCCAUCGCAGCAGCCGGCUGUCAGAACAGCGGGUCAAGGACGCACUCCUCUCACUGUUCGUCCGGUACAGCCGUCUGUGUCUCAUAAGAGCAACGCUCCUGUCAAGACGGCCGCUGCACCAUCUGCACCCCAACAACGACCGAGAACGCCUUUGGCGCCAAAUGUUGUACGUAGUAACCAGAGCAGUGCAUCGAAACCUGUUACCAAUGGUAUACAUGGCGAUCAGAAACCAACCAGCAAUGCCUUGCCCCGACCGAGAAGCGGUAUCAGACCUCCCACGGCAUUGCCGCGUAUUGGAGGUACGGGUAUUCCACGCCUCUCAAGGCCUUCGUCUCCAAGUAAAUAGAAGAUAAUCUCAUGGGCUAUAUAUACUUUUGUAAGAUUUUCGUAGUAUAUCAUAUUUACGAUGCAUGCAAUUUAUGAAGCACUUCCAUUCCAUAAGCUAAUUCCGGUUAUUUUCUUUCAAUUCCUCGAAUGCAUAUUGCCACCAAAGAUUUCUUUUGAGAAGUAAAUAUGUUAUCAUAUGC